AUGGCGAUGUCAUAUACAGACAAUUGUACAUGUGGUGAAUUAUCAAGCAACAAGAGUCCAUGGUGUGGUGCCAAUUGUUUUGUGGCAGUAACUGGUGCAAGUCGUGGAUUUGGUCAAGCUUUCUGCAUAGAACUAGUGAAAUCAAUGUCAUCUGGUGAAGAUCAUGCUGCUUCUUUGAAUAUUCUAUUGAUGGCUCGUGAUGUCAAUGCACUUCGGAUAACUGAGUCUAAGAUGAAUGCUUCAAAGUCAAGUCAUUCUACUAUGAAGUUGAAUAUUCUCGUCUCCACUUCAUCUCUGGACAUGUCGAAUGCAGAUGAAAAAGUCUUAAGAGAAGAACUGGCUCCGUUGUUUCGCUUAUCACUAGAACUUUCUCAUCAAGACACUAAUGUAAGCCAAUGGAUCAUGCUUGUACACAAUGCUGCAACACUUGGAAAUGUACAAUCACGAACUGACGAACGCUUUAAUAUUCAAGCCUUGGAUACAUAUUACCGCAUGAAUCUCACUGCUCCAAUGAUAUUGACAAGUUUAUUUUUAGAGCAUUUCGCACCAUCAAGUCAGUCACUACACCAUCCUGUUACAAUUGUCAAUAUUUCGAGUCUAGCAGCUGUCCAACCAUUUCCGUGUAUGUCUGAUUAUUGUGUAGGCAAAGCUGCGAGACAAAUGUAUUUGAAGUGUUUAUGCGUUGAUCGUCCAUCGAUCGCUGUGUUCAACUAUUCUCCUGGCCCACUGGAUACCGCAAUGUUUAAACAGAUUUUAGAAGGGCAUGGAGAUGAGAAGACACGACAAGCUUUUUCUCAGAUGAAAGUCAACGGUAGAAUAGUUGAACCGUUGGAGUCUGCUCGUGUUUGUGUCGCAUGGUUGAGGAAACAAAUUCCAAUCAGUGGGGCGGAGACAAGUGAAGAAAAUGUCCCCAAAUUAUCACAUUGUUCAAUUCAUCAAAGUCAAUAUUCUGAUGUUUGGAUUGGUUCACUUAUUGAUUAUUUUGAUGCUGUUCGUGAAGUGAAAUGAUGGGGAGAAAUGCCUUCUACUAUUCUAGCUGUGCAAUAAUACCUAACAAUGGCGGAAUGAUCUGGGUUCUGAUUAUUGUAAUUCUCAUCUCAUUAUAAUU